GGAAAACCGGUGGCGUUUUCCUUUAAAUGUUCUAUGUUGUCUGGUGCACAAAAUACAAAUCUUUCACAUCCAUUUUACAAAUGCGUAAUGCACUUACUGAUGAGACUUUACAGUUAAUGCUAAAAAUAAUAAUAAUAAAACUUUUAAUAAAGGCCAUUGGAUUCCUACAUCAGCACUAUUGCAUUUUCAUGAAGUCAGAUCGCAAAGAUGGUUUAUAUUCUGUGCAAAUUCAGAAUACCUUUUGUAUACGUUAAAAGGUUAGAGUUUUAUAUUAUAUGCAGUAAUUUAAAUGCAGUAAUACUAGAACAUGAAAUUUAAAGAACAUUUUUGUGCUGUUUACUGUCCCUGGCAUGUUACAUCACACAAUGUUCAUCAAACAGCGCCAGAACAACAAGAUCUAAAUUAGAAAAUUCACUGGAACAAGCGUAAGAACAAAAUCAUAAGUGCACAUGUGUGUGAAAAUUUCCAUGAGAUGUUCUCCUAAGUGCAUAAACAUGAAUAAUCCACAAACAUUUAUGCGUGAUUGCGAUGCAUAUGUAGAUUGCUUCAGUGCCAUAUUUGGACUGAGCACCUCCUACUUUCUUUAAAUAUCACCACCCCUUUGAACCUUGUCCUGACUCCUUUUAAGAUGGUACUUCAACUGCAACUGUCCUUCACACCACUGAUAGAAUGGCUAGCUUGUGGUUGCUCCUGGGUCUCUUUCUUUGUAGUUCAGCUGAAGCUGGGAAAUUGUUGGUUAUUCCAUCAGAUGGCAGUCACUGGUUGGGGAUGAAGCCUAUUGUGGAGGAGCUGGGGAGGAGAGGAAACCAGGUGGUGGUCGUCAUCCCCGAGGCGAGUCUAAGUAUGGGUCCUUCAGAGCAUACCACCACUCUGACAUAUCCAGUGAACUACACCAAGGCUGAAUUAGAAGUGAGCAUAGCAGAUGAAUUCAACACCAUUCUGAGCAUUGAUAUCUCUACAGACCUGGCCAAGUUUCAGGCGUUCAUCAUCUCACUGGAGGUUCUGCAGAUGUUUAUAUUGAGGAACGCAGAGGGUCUGCUCUUCAACAAGGACUUGAUGAAGAAACUGCAAGAGUACAACUUUGAUGUGAUUCUCACAGAUCCAUUUGAGCCUGUUGGAGCUAUAGCUGGUGAAUAUCUCUCCAUUCCAGCUGUUUACAUGCUAAUAAACCAUCCCUGUGGCGUCGAUACUCUUUCCAGUCAAUGUCCAGCUCCAGCCUCUUAUGUUCCACAAGCUUUCACUCACUUUACUGACCGCAUGAAUCUUUGGCAAAGAAGUGUGAACCUGGUAAGGACUCUGCUUCAGCCCAUGGCUUGUGAACGCAUGUUUGCUCGUGCAGAUGAGAUCGCCUCACAUGUACUUCAGAGAAAAGCAUCGAUGGUGGAGAUCAUGAGCCGUGCAGCUCUCUGGUUUUUGCGUUUUGACUUUGCUGUGGAAUUCCCACGACCAGUGAUGCCAAACAUGGUGAUGAUUGGAGCAACAGUUAGCCAGAAACUAAAACCUCUGUCACAAGUGAGUCUUUAUUGUUGAGUUCUUAAUAGGAUUAUAC